CUCCCAACCCCUCCACCAUUCCUCAGACUGGGAGCAGCACCGGAGAGGAACCAGCCGCUGAGGACUGUCUUUAGGAACGGCAUGGAGAGCAAAUGGAGGGGCUGGGUGCUGAUCCUUUCUAUGUGCCUGGGCUCCUACCAAGCCGGGGCCAGCCCCCUCCAUGAGUGUGGCGAGCGGCCGGAGGACUGGUGCCGCGAUGUGGCGACGGCGGCCAAGUGCGGGGCACUGGAGCUGUGCCGGAUCACCGUCUGGGACCAGGCCCUGGGGCAGAAGGGGAUCCCGUGUCACCUGUGCCAAGUGGCGGUCUCCGUGGUGGGCAAGAUCCUGCAGGACAACCGCACCGAGGAAAAGCUACGGCUCUUCUUGGAUAAGAAAUGCCAGUACCUGCCCUUCCAGGACUGGUCUGUCAAGUGCAAGAGGAUGGUGGACACUGGCAUCCUCAUCCUCGUCCAGCUGGGCAAGCAAGUGCUGUCGGACCCAAAGGUGGUGUGCGGGACCAUCAAGCUGUGCCAGCCCCUGGAGAGCCCCACGGGGGCUCUGAAGUUUCAGAAGCCGCCGCCAGCCCCCACUCAGGACUUCGCUGACCUGGUUUCCCCCUUCAUCGCCAACGUGCCCCUCCUGCUCCAUCCCCAGGACCCCCCUCGUGGCGAGGCUCAGGAGCUGGAAGAGGGGUGUGGGGACUGCCUGCAGCUGGUGAUGGCCGUGCAGCUGGAGCUGGGGACCAACACCACCUUUGCCCAGGCACUGGUGGCCCACGCCGAGCGGGUGUGCGAAGGCCUGGCACCCGACAUGACACCGUGGUGCAAGAGCUACCUGGCCAAGUACGUGGACGCGGCUGCCCAACUGCUCCGGUACAUGCAGGCUGAGGACCCGCUGGAGCUGUGUGGCCAGCUGGGACUCUGCUCCUCCGCCUCGGCACUGCCCCUCCACACGCUGCUCACCGAGAAGGUGACUGAGGUCCUGAGCGCCCUGGGGGACGAGGAGGGCACCACGCCGCUCUGCGACAUGUGCCAGUUCGCCGUGAAGACGGCCGAGAGCCUCCUGGAGAACAACGUGACGGAGGAGCAACUGGUGAACGACAUCGAGAAGGUGUGCUACAUGCUGCCCCACGGCGUCAUCGGGCAGUGCAAGGACUUUGUGGACUCCUAUGGCAAAGCCGUGGUCAUCAUGCUGCUGGAGGCCACCGACCCAGCAGCCGUCUGCACCAUGCUGCACUGCUGCCCCCGGAGCGGGGACACCCACCGGGGGGCUGUGGCGCUGGAGCAGCUGGCGGUGGGCGCCGGCGCCUUCUGCAACGUCUGCCAGAUCGUCAUCACCUACUUCGAUAACGAGCUGCUGAAGAACGACACGCUGGCGGAGCUGGGCGAUGUGCUGGAGAAGGGCUGCGAGCUGCUGCCCCCGCCGCUCACUGGCAAGUGCGAGGCGCUCGUGAUGCAAUACGAGCCGGCGGCCGUGCGGCUCCUCGUGCAGAUGAUGGACCCCACUUUCGUCUGCACCAAAAUAAGAGCCUGCGACUCACCUGAGGACGAUCUCCUGGGCUCGGACCCCUGCGCCUGGGGGCCGCAUUACUGGUGCAAGAACAUGGCCACAGCGGUCGAGUGCCACGCCGUCGAGCACUGCCGGCGUCACCUAUGGAACUAGGAGCCACCUCCCCGGCCAGCCGGGCUUGCCCUGCCCUUUCGGUUCAGGAUCCCGGACCCUCUCCCUUGGGGUGUGCCCGCGCCCACGGACGGCGACGACGGGAGCCCACCACCGGCCUCACCACCCCGCCGGUGGCCGUGGGGUGCCCCAGCUGCCUCUGCCACUUCUUUUUCCACCCCUGGGGCUUGGAUUUUCCAAAUCAGGCUAAGGGAACUCGUUAGUAUUUUCAGGACUGGGGAUUCAACCUCGCUGACUGCAAAAUCCCACCCUCCCUCCCCAUCCCCAGCCCAUCCUGAACUGCUCGUAAAGCCCGGAUCCUGCGACGCGAAGCUGGGAUCGUUUCUGCUGCCCAAACACCAAGCCCCCUGGUCCUGGCUGCCGGCCAUCUCACACCGCAGGUCUCGUUGGCUUUUGGCAAGCCCAGCCCUUCGCUGGUCCCUCUUCAAAUUGGGGUGGCUUUUUAUUUUAUUUUUUUAUUUUUUUUUUUUUUUUUUUUCCCCCCUUGGUCACCAGUUAAAGAAACAAAGUGGAUUAAAUUUACCUGCAAUGCCCGGCUUUGCAUGACAUUCGCAGUACUCUGAUUUUUGUGUCCAGCCAGUUGCUGGAGAUAGAGAUGUCAAUUUUAAGUAUCCCCUGAGCAAAAAAUGUGUGAGUUUGGGGGAGCAAAUAUUUCCUUUCAUGCACACAUCCCCACCUGGGGGGGGGGGGGGAGGCAUUGGGGGGUGUUCCUGUGCCAACCCAGCCGUGGUGGUGAGGGGCAGUGGGGUGCUGGCUUGUCCCUCCUCGCUGCAGGAGCGGGGGACACCCGCAGUGCACGGUCCUGAGCGUGCACGGGAGCAUCUCACCGCAAAUAAAGUCUUCCCGUGAGCCCA